CCGAGAGCCAGGCUGCGGGCGGCCGGCACGGGGCGCGGGGCGGGCGGCCCCGGGACGCGGACGCAGAUCUGACAUCCUCCAGAUCACCUGUGCUGGUGAUGUCCCUCAAGCACCUCGCAGAUACAAUAUGAAACUCUUCCUCUUGGAGGGGCAGGUCCUCAACCAAGGUCCCAUACUUGUCUCAUGAUGAAGAGAUGUACAGAAUUGAUAACUAAAAAUCAUAAUCAAGAAGAAAUAAGUAUUCUUCGUUGUUGGAAAUGUAGAAAAUGUAUAGCAAGUUCUGGUUGUUUCAUGGAAUGUCUUGAGAAUCAAGUGACUAAGGAUAGACAUGAUUCAGCUGAUGAUCAAAAUAUUUGUCAUGUAUGGCAUAUGGAUAUAGAAGCCCUUCCAGAAUGGAUACACUGCCUAAUACAAAAAGCCCAGUGGACAGUUGGAAAACUGAAUUGCCCUUUCUGUGGGGCCCGUUUAGGGGGCUUUAAUUUUGUCAGCACUCCAAAAUGUUCCUGUGGCCAGCUUGCAGCUGUACAUCUCUCCAAAAGCCGGACCGAUUAUCAGCCAACAUGGUCUGGCCGACUAAUGAGACCGUCGCUGAAAUACUUGUCACAUCCUAGAGUUCAGUCAGGUUGUGACAAGGAAACUCUGCUGACAGGUGGCGCCUCCAAAAACAGAAAUCACGGGCUUUUAAACAUGGCCCAAAAUAAUAAUGGUCCUGGAAGAUUAACGGAAGCACUCUGCCUGGAGGUACGGUCAACAUAUUUCAAGAUGAAGAACGAAAAACUGCUCUUCAAAGCAUCAGAUCCAAAAUAUCAGCUUUUUGUUCCACAGCUUGUGACCGGCAGAUGCACUACAAGAGCUUUUCAUAGAAAAUCACAUAGUUUGGAUCUGAACAUCAAUGAGAAACUGACUUUACUACCCACUCUAUAUGAAAUCCAUAGUAAGACUACUGUGUAUCCCAGGCUAAAUGAAACGCAGCCUAUUGACCUUUCGGGCUUGCCUUUAGAAUCGAGUAAAAAUAACCGUUCCUUUCAGAUUUCAUCCAGUUUUGAUCCUAAUAUGCUGCUGCAAAGAUUUUCAGUGGCUCCCCGUGAGACCCAGACACAAAGAGGAGGAGAAUUUCAGUGUGGUCUAGAAGCUUCUGCAGUGUUCUCUGGCCAUGCUAGUUCUAACAACCUGACUUUCCUGAUGGACCUGCCCUCACCUGGCAGGAGCAUGUUGGAGGAACCAGCGGACCAGGAAGAGGACCUCUCUCCUCUGGACUUUCUGCAUUCGGGCAGUUUUUCAUUGGGUGCCAUUAAUCAGAGGCUCAGUAAGAGAGAAAAGAGCAAGCUGAAGAAUCUGAGACGGAAACAACGAAGGCAUGAAAGAUGGCUGCAGAAGCAGGGUAAAUGUCCAGGAGUGGGAUUGCUGGAUCGUAUGACUUUGGAUAAUGAGAUGAGUACAGAUGAUGACAGUGAAUACGCAGAAGAAAAGGAGAGCUACAUCUGUGCAGUGUGCCUGGAUGUUUAUUUCAACCCCUACAUGUGUUACCCUUGCCACCACAUCUUCUGCGAGCCCUGCUUACGGACUCUUGCCAAAGACAAUCCUGCAAGCACUCCCUGCCCAUUGUGUCGGACAACUAUUUCCAGAGUCUUUUUCCAGACAGAACUGAACAAAGCCACAAAAACGUUCUUUACUAAAGAAUACUUUAAAAGAAAACAAAGCUUUCAGAAAUCCAGCUCUGCAAAGUGGCCUCUACCAAGCCGCAAAAAAGCAUUCCAUCUUUUUGGAGGUUUCCACAGACGUGCAGCUCCAGUUACAAGAAGGCAGUUUCCACAUGGCGCACACAGGAUGGAUUAUCUGCACUUCGAGGAUGACAGCCGAGGAUGGUGGUUUGACAUGGAUAUGGUGAUCAUCUAUAUUUAUUCAGUAAACUGGGUCAUUGGAUUCAUUGUUUUCUGCUUUCUUUGCUAUUUUUUCUUUCCAUUUUAGGAAUUUUCAUACCUUACUCCUGUUGAACAAUUACAAGUGAUGUAGAUAACAACUACGUAAACAUUUUUAAAUGUACUUUGAAGUUUUUAUAAUGUUGCAUUAUAUAAAUUGUUGGUGUUAAUAGAAAAUCUGAGAAUGGACUUAUUUAUGAAUGUUUUUCAUGUAACAAACUGAACUUUAUUCAAGAGCUAAUCUACCUAGAACUUAGCAACAAUGCAGUAUUAAUUUCAUAGUUCUUGGUUUGGGAUUUGUGGCUCUAAAUUUAAAAUGUCACUUUUACACUUAUCUUGAUUAUAAAGACUGAGGUUUUCCCUCCACUUAAAAAUAGUGAAAAUAUAAAAUUAAAUGAUAAUUUGAGUAGAUAUUAUCUUUAAUAAUAAAAUAUUUAGUCAAUCAUCACUUAUUCUCAGGCAAGUUAUAUACAUUAAAGAUAAAUCAUAUUCUCUGGGAACUAAUCUAGCAGGGUAUAUUCAGUUUUGGUUUCCAGUUAUCUCUACUUCUGUCCUUACGUCCCUUUCUAUUACUAAGACAGAUGACUAUCCUUGUUUUUUUACAGACCUAAUAAUAGCAUUAGUGCAACAUUUUAAACUGUUACGAGAACAGAAUAGUAAAUGCAAAAGAAAAAAGGAAAAAACAAAAAAAACAAAACUGAGACUAAUUCCCACCAGUAGAGACUUAGAAAAAUAUAUUAACACUUUUCCAUUUGCAGCAUUACUCACCUGAAGAAAUUAAAAAUUUACUGACUGACAGUAGCCUAAAAGAGCAAUGCAUGUCCAAAAUGUAAUUAAUUUAGUGAGUCUUUUAACUUGGAGGUUGUCAUAUAUAUUGUAAAUGUGCAAUAAAGA